AUGACAAUAUCAAUGAAAGAACAAGAACUAAUGCCCGGGGAGAUGUCAUUCCCCGAGGCUAAACUAAAAGCAUUAGAGGAGAAAAUUUCACAUCCACGAUGGGUUGUACCAGUAUUGCCUGAACAAGAACUGGAAGCACUUCUUUUAGCUGCAACUGAGCUAGCUGCUUGUGGUGAAGAUAUAAAUAAUUCACUUUGUCAACGAUUUUAUAAUGACGCCCUCACAGUAUCCUUCACCAAAAUAUUAACAGAUGAUGCAGUAUCCUCAUGGAAAAACAAUAUACAGCAAUGUGUUCGCUCAAAUUGCGAGAAACUUGUGAAAUUAUGUGCUAUGAAAUUAGAUGAUCCAAGAUUCCUGCAUCUACUCUCAUUGGCAUUUAAUCCAAAUAAUAAAUUUCACACAUUUAAUGCCUCUCGAACCUGUGAAGGCUUAUCAAUUACACAGAAUAUAACAAAUACAGGGCAAGGUUCUUUGCAAGAACCUGAGAUUUUUGCUAGAUCACAGGACCACAGAACACCAAGAGGAUGGCUGGUUCACCUCAUUAAUGUGUUUGGUCAGGCUGGUGGUUUUAUAAAACUAAGAGAACGGUUUGAAGCUAUAAUGGGUUUUCAAAAGUCUGAUUUAACUAUGUCUGUAAAUAGUGAAGAAAAAGUUUCUUGUGAAACAUCUGAAAAGGAAUAUGAAGGAAGUAUUAAGGUGGAUGUGACAGAAAAUUUACCAUUUACUACUGAAAAUACUGAGAGUACAAUAUCAUCAAAAAGUGAACCAUUUUCUUCACUGGAACAGUCUAUAAAUGGUGAGACACGGGUUGCUGCAGUGUGGCAACUUUUGAGACCUUUAAGCCUUUGUCAUGACUUACUGACUCCUCACACUGUCACCACAUACCUUUUGCCUGUUUUGGAAUGUAUCCCUACACUUUUGGAAAGUUUGACUGACGAUGAACUGAAAAGAGAAGCAAGAGGUAGUGAGAAUAAAACAGAUACUGUUUCUUGUUUGAUUCGGGCAUGCAAGUGUGUGUCAAUAAAAACUCCUCAACAUCACAGUCUUCUUAAAUCAUUAGAAAUGUUUCGGCUGAAAAUGAUCUUAAGAUUACUUCAAAUGUCAUCAUUUAAUGGUAAAAUGUCUGCGCUAAAUGAAAUCAACCAGUUAAUAAGUACAAUCUCACAACAGCCAAAACCGGAAUGGCUUACACCUGCUGUCAUAACCAAUUGGAUUCGGGAAAAUAAAGUCGUAGACAUAGUCCUACGCGAUUCACUUCAUCAGCCCCAGUAUGUGGACAGAUUAGAAAAAAUGUUAAGAUUUAUGAUUAAAGAAAAUUCCUUAACCAGGGAGGAUUUAGAUGCAAUAUGGAAAGGACAGCAAGGCAAACAUGAGGCUAUUGUAAAGAAUCUUCAUGACCUUCUCGCUAAACUUGCAUGGGACUUCACUCCUGAUCAACUGGACCACCUUUUUGACUGUUUUAAGGCCAGCUGGGCGACCUCAAGUAAGAAACAGAGUGACAAAUUGUUGGAAGUUAUACGGAGACUAGCAGAAGAUGAUAAGGAUGGUGUUAUGGCAAAUAAGGUAUUAGUUCUUUUUUGGAAUUUGGCACAUUCGGAUGAAGUUUGCACUGAGAUAAUGGAUGUAGCACUAGCUAAUCUCAUCAAAAUUUUGGACUACAGUUGUAGUCAAGAUCGAGACGCUCAGAAAACUCUUUGGCUGGAUAAAUGUGUAGAGGAGUUAAAAAAUAAUGAGAGAUGGGUUUUACCAGCGUUGAAGAUGAUGCGUGAUAUAUGUAGCCUAUACGAAGCGGGUGGUGGCACGGGUGUGAGGCCGCACGUUACCCGCCAGGAGCUGAUAGACCGAUUGCAAACCCAGCAUUCACUUGUAAUUCUAGUCACUGAUUCUCUCACACAUUAUAUGGAUGGGGUGCGAAAUAAGCUCCUUGAGGAAGGUGAGAUCGAUUGGGAGAAUUGGCUUCCUGAUGGCAGGUACCCACAUGCAGCGCAGGUUCAAGAGCGGCUGAGUUUUCUCAGAUUCUUACUUAAAGAUGGACAGUUGUGGUUAUGUGCUGAACAGGCUAAGCAAAUAUGGAUAUGCCUUGCAGAAAGGCCAGCACAUCUAGGAGACCGCGAGGCAUGUUUUAGGUGGUUCAGCAAGCUUAUGGGAGAAGAACCUGAUCUUGAUCCAAACAUUAAUCUGCACUUUUUUAGGAGAAAUAUUAUGACCUUACCCCCAAACUUACUAACCCAUUCUGGUAUUAAAUGUUUCGAAAGGUUUUUUAAAGCUGUUAAUUCCAAAGAGGGUAAACUUAAAAUUAAGCGACGUAGUUUUCUAAUAAAUGACGCUGAUCUCAUAGGAUUAGAUUAUCUAUGGAGGGUAAUAACGGAGUGUGAUGACGACAUAUCGGCUCGUGGUAUCGAGUUGCUGCGAGAGGUAUGCACGUGUACGGGUCCACAGCUGUCGCCGGCUCACCACCACGAGUCGUUUCUCACGCAAUGUUGCGCAAGAACACAGCGCUUGCAGAAAGAAAUGGAGUUACAAGAGGAUGCAACAGAAACGUGUACAAAAAUGUGUAGAGUAAUUCGUGCCAUACAAGAAUAUAUAAACGAAUGUGAUAGAAGAUUUCCGGCUGACCGACAAAUAUUACCAAUUUAUAGAUCGGGUAGAGGCCGUCAAUGUACUAUAAUAGUCAGAUUUAAUUUUCAAACAGGCCAAAGACAAAUCGAAGACAUUGAAUUGUUUUCACAUUCUAAUGAGACCUUACACUCUUUACGGACUGCAGUUCAAAGAAGGAUAAAAUGUGCUUCAGACAGCAACAUAAAGUUAGAAAUGUACGUAAAUAAACUAGAGCUUUAUGUUAAUGGAGAAAUUUUAGAUACGUCCCAUGAUAGAAAAAUUCUUUCCCAAAUUCCACUACGGGACAAAACAGUGAUUGUGGCGAAGGUUUAUGACGGUCAGGUCUGCGGUAGUGGUGGUUGCGGAUCUUCAAAUGAAUCUAGCAGUGAUUCUAGUACAUCAUCACCACCGUUACCACCGACCCCGGAACACGCUUUACCGGGCGUUUUAUUCGCACAGGGAUCUUGGUACCUGCCAUUUAUAUUAGAUUUAGAACACAUAGGUAUCAUUAAAAGACAUGCACAAUUGACAGAAGCUGCACAUCUACUAUCCCAAAUUUGCCCUGCGCACAAGCAAACUGUAGAGAAACUGACAGAAGCUCUAUUGUGUCGGGAUGAUACUAAGCUACGAGAUAUGUUGUAUGGACCAGCUCCCCCUACGGUGGCUUAUAAUAUAGAGGUCCUCCAUAGUAUGGUGUUACCAUCAUCAGAUAUAAGACUAGACCGGAGUCGCAGUUUUCAGUUGGCUUGUGUGAAGAAAGCACCAUUAUUGGUACAAUGCUUGUCUGACAAAGACUUUCUACAUGGCGCUGCCCCACACACUAGAAGAGUUGGCUAUCUAGCAUUAGUCCGAUUAGCCAAAUUGGUUCUUUAUACUUUAGGUCACCUUUUCGAAAUAUUAGCACCAGAUGGUUCCGAUACUACGAUAGAUAGAGAGUUUAGAAUGGAUGUUACAAUACUGCGUGAAGCUCUUCAAACUGUGCCAAAUCAUAGCUGUGAAUUGAUUGUAAAAACUAUUGCAGAAAAAUUAGCCAAUGUUUUAGGCGAACAGGCAAUAACAAGUCGAGACGAGGGCGACUCUGUAUCGUCGUUGGUGUGGUGGCGCGUGCCAACGACGGCGACCGUGCGCGCGCUGUAUACACUCGCUUACUGUGUCGCCCAGCCCGCUGACGUCACCGGCAUAGUACAUCCCGAUGAUGUUACGUUGGUUCGAGAAUGCAUGGAAGUGGUUACUAUUUGCAUGGCAUUGGGUGGUGGCCACUUGGAAACACUACUUCACGAGACUUGGUGGCAAGACACUGCUCUAUACCUGAUGAUAGAUUGCCCCAAUCCUCAGGUGCGCGUGUCGUGCGCGGAGCAGCUGCUGGCGAUGUGCGCGUGGGGCGGCGGCGGCGGCGCGCGCGACGCGCUGGGCGCGCUGGGCGCGGGCGGCGCGCGCCUGCAGCGCCACGCGCGCCACGCGCAGCAGUUCCUGCAGCUGCUGUGCCGCCUCGUCGCGCUCGCCGGUCCCACCGCGCGCACCCGCGACGACCUCGCCUGCGAGGUCAAUUGGCUACGUACCAUUCGCGCUAAUCCAGAGUUACUUGACGACACUCUCCUGGAAGGGCAUCUCAAUCUCACGAAGGAGCUAUUUACGCACGUGCCAGCGCAAGUGAAAUAUCAGUAUGGUGCUCAUCCGGAUCAUAAAGAUGCUGGUUUAAUAAAGGAGGUGACGACGGAGUUCCUGUGGCCGUACUCGUGGGCGUGGUGGCGCAUGGGUGAGGGGGAGGGCGAGAGGGAGGGCGAGGGCGAGGGCGGCGCGUGCGAGCCGGCGGCGCCGCUGUGCCGCACGCCGGGCGCCGCCGCCGCCGCCACCGACCUGCUGCUCGCGCUCGUGCACGGCUGCGUGCCCAACAUGGCCGCCAUGGCGCAGCUGCUCGCCUGCAUGUUCUACAGUGAUAAAAACAUGCCACUUUCGGAAUGGGAAUACAUGCCGUGCGUGGGACCGCGGCCGCCCGCUGGACUAGUGGGACUGAAAAACGCAGGCGCCACGUGCUACAUGAACUCCGUUCUCCAGCAGCUGUACUGCGUGCGCGCCGUGCGAGAUGUGUUGCUUACCGUUCAAGGAGCUGCUACUGACCCAAAUGAAGAUUUUUCUGGUGAAAUCCAACAUCAUAGCAUAAUGGAAAAUAAUACUGAAAACAAUGGUGAUUAUAACAUAACAAUUUUAAAGCAAGUACAAGCUAUAUUUGCACAUCUUCAUUACAGCAAACUGCAGUACUAUGUACCUAGAGGUCUGUGGGCGCAUUUUAGACUUCAAGGCGAACCAGUUAAUUUACGCGAGCAACAAGACGCUGUUGAAUUUUUUAUGUCUCUUGUAGAAUCUCUUGAUGAAGCUUUAAAAACAUUAGGUCAAGAGCAACUAAUGGCAAAAACUAUGGGCGGAACAUAUUCUGACCAGAAAAUUUGUAAAGGUUGCCCCCAUAGGUACUGCAAAGAAGAACCUUUCAGUGUAGUGUCUUUGGACAUCAGAAAUAUGUCUCGCUUGCAAGAAUCUCUAGAAGCAUAUGUACGUGGAGAAUUAUUGGAAGGAGCAGAUGCAUAUUAUUGUGAUAAAUGCAGUAAAAAGGUGGUUACAGUCAAGAGGUUAUGUCUUAACAAAUUGCCUCCAGUGUUAGUUAUUCAGCUGAAAAGGUUUGAAUACGACUUUGAGAAAGUGUGUGCAAUAAAAUUCAAUGACUAUUUCGAGUUCCCGCGAGAGCUUGACGUCGAACCAUAUACAGCGUGGGGCCUAGCACGAGCAGAGGGCGAUGCUACAUUGUGGGAUGGCGGCGAAGAGCAGACUCCCGAGACACAUUAUCAGCUGAGCGGCAUAGUAGUACACUCUGGGCAAGCCUCAGGUGGUCAUUACUACUCCUAUGUUCUGUUAAGAGAUAACGGCAGCGAGGGCGGGCGCUGGGUGAAGAUGGAUGACGGUGAUGUGUCCGAAUGUGCCAUGCAUGACGACGAAGAGAUGAAGGCACAAUGUUUCGGGGGUGAAUAUAUGAGCGAAGUAUUCGAUUCUACACAAAAGCGGCUUUCAUAUAAACGGCAGAAGAGAUGGUGGAAUGCCUAUAUGCUUUUUUAUACAAGAAAGGACACAAUAGAGACAUCUACUCUGGAACAGUCCAUGAAAAGCAUGACACUUAAAGAAAGUGCCAUUCCAAAGCCUAUUUGGCAAUCAGUGCGUCGCAGUAACAUUGCCUUCUGUCACAAUCAGGACCAAUUUAGUCUUGAACAUUUUAAUUUUAUGAAGAAGCUGUGUUGCAUGCGUUUGCAAGUACUGCCAGGGUCACAAAGUGCUAUAUGGGGCCCAGAACAUGAAGAAAUGUCAAUGUUAGCUGUACAAUUGGCGACAAAAUUCUUAUUUCAAGUUGGUUUUCAUACAAAAAAAGCAUUGCGUGGACCUGCUUCAGACUGGCAUGAUAUUUUGUGUCAGCAUCUACGAUGUUCACAAGCUGUUCGCGCGUGGUUUGCGACAGAUCUUUUUAAACAUCCUCACAGGUUAUGCGAUUAUCUUCUCUCAUGCCCAUCGGCUGAAGUCCGGAUUGUAUUCAUGAAAAUCAUUGUAUUCUUGGCGCACUUCUCUAUUCAAGAUCCACCAGUGAGCAGCGGGUGGGGGUCGUGGGCGGCGCGCGAGGAGGCGGCGUCGCUGUCGGACCAGGUGGUGUGCGCGGCGCGCGCGCUGGCGGCGCCGCACCACGCCGACGCGCACGCGCACCGCCACCUGCCGCUGCUCUUCAACCUCUUCCACGCGUACGCCGCGCUCGGCUACAACGAGAAGCACCAGCUGCUGCGCCUAAAAAUCUUGGACAUUGUGUUAACGAUUUGCAUGGAUGAUUCUGCUUCUUCACUUGGAAAAUACCAAUACCCAGAAUCAGCAAAAAUACAUCAGGUGGUGUGCGUGCUGGCGCGGUGCUGCGACGUGAGCGCGCGCUGCCAGUCGGCGGGGGCGGCGGGCGGGGUGGGCGGGGCGGGCGCGGCGGAGGCGCCGCUGCCCAACCCGUUCGCGGAGCCGCCGCCGCCGCACCACCCGCACGCCGCGCGCCCGCCGCUCUCGCCCGUCGCCGCCGACGUGCUCUACAACAGGACCAGCACGUACAUGAAGAAGCUGACUGAAGAAUGUUGCGGGUGCGAAGAGGGCGUGCGGUUGCUGCAGUUCUUGUGCUGGGAGCACGCGGGCUGGUCGCGCGCGGCGCUCGCGGAGCUGCUGUGGCAGAUGGCCUACGCGUACUGCCACGAGCUGCGCCGCCACGCGGACGCGCUCACCGCGCUGCUGCUUAUGGAGGAUAGCUGGCAGCAGCAUCGCAUACACAACGCUAUCAAGGGCGUGUCGGAGGAGCGUCCGGGGCUGCUGGAAACGGCGCUGCGCGCGCGCGGACACUACCAGAAGCGCGCGUACGCGUGCGUGAAGCUGCUGGUGGGCGUGAUGUGCCGCGCGCCCGCCGCCGUGCGCGCGCUGCACGCGCAGCCCGACGCGCGCCGCCGUUGGCGCCAGCUGCUCGCCUGGCUGCAGGACGAGCUCGACCGCAAGUAUGGUCCUGGCAGUUACGGUUCGUAUGGUACGUGGUCACCGCCCGGCACUUCGAACGAAACAUCUAGUGGCUAUUUCUUAGAACGAAGUAAUUCUGCUCGUAAAACACUUGAAAAAGCCUACCAGCUGUGUCCAGAGGAGGAGGACGAAGAGGAAGAGGCGCGUGAGACGGCGGAGGGGUCGGGGUCAGGCGAGGCGGGGGAGGGCAGUGGCGAGGAGGAGGACGCGGCCGAGGACGACGAGCAGCCCGCCAGACGCCUGCAGCUGGUGCAGCCCGCGCCCGGCGCCGUGCCGCCCGUCGCGCCCGCUCCCGCCCCCACGCCAGUCCCCGCGCCCGCCCCCGCUCCCUCGCCCCGCGACCCGCUGCCCGGCCUUUGA